AUGGACAACAUCCACAACAUUUUAUGGAGGGGUACUUCUUUUAUUCCUUCUUUCAGAAUAAAAAAUCGACACUCGGUCGGCUUCUUCAAGAAACUUCGAGUCCUAGACUUCAACCUCAUCGACAAGUACUACGACAUGAAGUCUGGCUCUACCUCCAACAAUAUUGUCUUAUAUUGGCAUCGAACUGACCUUCGACUACAUGAUUCCCCAGCUCUGCACGCUGCAUUGGCAUUGAAGCCAUCAACUUUUAUUCCAGUUUGGACGUGGGAUCCCCACUACGUCUAUAGGGCUCGAGUCGGACCUAACAGAUGGAGAUUCCUGUUCGAAUGUCAAAAUGACCUGUCCAAAUCGUACACCAAGCUUAAUUCCAAGCAAAAGCUUUGGCUCGUCCGCGAAGAUCCUCAGACUGUCCUUCCCAAGCUUUGGAAGAAAUGGGGGAUCACACACCUCGUCUUCGAGAAAGAUACCGACCCAUAUGCUCGUGAACGCGAUGAAGCUGUUGUUCGGCUAGCCGAAGAAGCAGGUAUUGAGGUUGUUAUAAGAAUGGGUCGGAAUCUCUUCGAUCCCGAUGACCUGGUCCGGAAGAAUGGGGGCAAACCGACUAUGAGCAUGACUCAAACAGAAAAGGCUGCUGAAAAGAUCAAUAACGGACAGCCAGACCGGCCAGUAGAAACACCGAAGAGCAUCCCCGAUCCCUGGGAGAAAGACAGGAUGGAUCUUAGCGAUAUUGAGCACGAGAUCGCAGACCCGACGCCCGAUCUGAAUGCAGCUCACCGUGGAACCAAAGACAAACAAUACACGCAGAUCAUGGGGCCGAAUAACGACUUUAGCGUGCCGACCAUGGGGGAGAUCGGUAUCGAUCCAUCUCUAGCGACAACUCCUCACCGAGGUGGCGAGUCUGUGGCAUUGAAGAUGCUGGCCGACUACACCGCCGACGAGGAGUACAUCGGCACAUUCGAGAAGCCCAAGACUUCUCCAGCUGCAUUCGAACCUCAAUCUACUACUCUCCUUUCUCCACACUUGCACUUUGGCUCCCUAUCCAUCCGAAAAUACUGGUGGGACGUCCAAGACAUCAUGACAAAACGCAGGAAAGCGAAGAAGACCAACGCGUCCGUCCCGGUCAAUCUGCCCGGGCAACUACUCUUCCGUGAUAUGUAUUUCGCAGCGCAAGCAGCGAUCGGUGCACCUUUUGCACGCACACACGGCAACAAAGUCGCUCGUGUUAUCGAUUGGCACUUGCAGUCGAAGCCUCUUCAGUCUUCUCGGAAUGACGAGGAUGCAAUGGAAGAUGAUGACGGGGACCUGCCUGCGCGCGACUAUGAAAUUGACUCCCUUGAGGCUGAAGAGUGGUUUCAAAGUUGGAAGAUAGGUCGAACAGGUUUCCCCUGGAUUGACGCACUGAUGCGCCAGCUAAGAUCAGAGGGCUGGAUUCACCAUCUGGGCCGACAUAGUGUUGCCUGUUUCUUGACCCGCGGCGGUUGCUACGUCAGCUGGGAACGGGGUGCUGAGGUGUUCGAGGAACUGUUGAUUGAUCACGAGACAGCCUCGAACGCGGGGAACUGGAUGUGGCUAUCCUGCACAGCAUUCUUCGCACAAUUCUACCGCUGCUACUCACCUAUAGCAUUCGGGAAGAAGUGGGACCCCAAUGGCGACUUUAUUCGCCGCUAUGUACCCGAGUUGGCCAAUUUUGACAAGAAGUUCAUCUAUGAGCCUUGGAAGGCGCCAAUCGCAGACCAGAAAAAGUGGGGAUGUAGGGUUACCAAUGACGACAAUGCCGUCGAUGGCACGACAUAUCCGAAGCCGAUGUUUGAUUUUGAUAAGCAGAGGCAAAUUUGUCUGGAUAAUAUGAAGCGCGCGUAUGAUGUGAGAUUGCACGGGAACGAUGAGCAGGUUUUGGAUGGAUCGUGGAAGAAGUUGUUUGAGGAGAACGGGGGUGGGGAGGAGCCGAAAAAGAAGAAGCAGAAGACCGGGCAAAAGGAGGAAGAGGAAGCUUGA